AUGGGUCAACAAGGCUCGCAGCUGCUGUCGGAGAUCGAGCAGACGUCCAACUUCAACACUAAGGAGAUCCAGCGUCUGAAGAAGCGCUUCAUGAAGCUCGACCGCGACGGAUCCGGGUCCAUUGACAAGGACGAGUUUCUGCAAAUCCCCCAGAUCGCCAACAACCCACUAGCCCUGCGGCUCAUUGCGAUCUUUGACGAGGACGGAGGAGGAACUGUUGACUUUCAGGAGUUUGUGGCUGGAUUGUCGGCGUUUAGCAACCAGGGCAGUCGCGAGGAGAAGCUGCGCUUCGCAUUCAAGGUGUACGACAUGGACCGCGACGGACUCAUCUCCAACGGCGAACUGUUCCUGGUGCUCAAGAUGAUGGUCGGCAACAAUUUGAAGGAUCAACAGCUCCAGCAGAUCGUGGACAAGACCAUCAUGGAGGCGGAUACCAACGGCGAUGGCAAAUUGGACUUUGAAGAGUUUCAGGCCAUGGUCGCCAAUACCGACGUGGCUAAACAGCUCACCCUCGAGGAUCUUUUCUGA